CGUCAAUUUCACUACCACCUGUUUUGGAAAGGAAAGAGUCAUUUUAACUCGUCUUACCUGGAAGUUAGGGACACGGACCCAUGAUUUACAGCGUAUACAUGACUUUAUCGGACCUGUAACUGUGAAUAUACCGUAUUUUCAGUUUAGAUUCAGCAGUAUAUUGAGCUGCCGGCAAUAACUGAGCACUUGAGUGAGUUAACAAGGGGAUUGCCCCCGUUCAGCUGUCUGAAAAAAUUGGUGAAAUUCCCAAGUUGCACAAAAGUUCCCUACGAGAGUAAAGGCACAAAGUUAUAGAAAAGCUGCUCCCGACAACAUGAUACAAUGUUACAGUUUUCCCUUGUCGCCAGAGAUCUGAGACAAUUUAUUUUAGGAGUUGAGAUGUGAGAGGGAAAAUUCACUUUAAAAGGUUUCAAUACUUUGAGAUCUGUAGACUAGUUCAUGUGGACAGAAUCAUUCUAAGGACAAAGUAUAAGCUGUGCAGGAUACAGAAGGCAGGUGUUUGAAUUAAUUACCUGGCCAAAGGUCAAGAAAAACACACCUUUAAGGUUGUAAACCAGGUCAAUUGUAAUAUGGAUAUACUACUGGAUAAAUGAACAAAUUUGCCAAUUAUAAACCUCAACAAAUAACAGAAACAAGUGAAACGCGGCCAUACGAACUGUUGCUAGGAUAAAAACAGUAAUGAAUCCUGGGACAGGUUUGAUCGAUGACCUUGCCAGCCUCAAUGAAUUGGAUGAGAGAAUCCUAUUGGCUGAGCUGAGGAUACGCUACAGCAGAGGCGUUAUAUAUACCUAUGUUGGAGACAUCCUGAUUGCGGUGAAUCCUUACAAGGCGCUUCCAAUCUACACCCCACAGAUCUCAGAAAAAUACUGUGACAUAAAGGUACGGUCUCAGCAUCCACCACAUAUCUACGCCAUUGCUGACAAGGCAUUCCAGCAGAUGAUACGCUCAGGAAAUGACCAGUGUUGUGUGGUCAGUGGAGAGUCUGGUGCAGGUAAGACAGAGAGCACCAAACUUAUGGUAAAACACAUCAUACAGCUUUGUAAGAACUGUGGCAGUAAUCUCCAUGAGCGAAUAGUAGAGGUUAACCCACUGUUGGAAGCAUUUGGCAAUGCCAGAACUACAGUAAACAACAAUUCCAGCCGGUUUGGAAAGUUUAUAGAGUUGUUCUUCACCCGAGAUGGAAGGGUGGUCGGAGCUCAAAUUGAUGACUAUCUCCUGGAGAAGUCCAGAGUGGUUAGCCAGGGAGUUGGAGAGAAGAACUUCCAUAUCUUCUAUUACAUGUUUGCUGGGCUUGACAGAGAAGAAUUGAAGAACUAUCUCCUGGAUAAACCUGAAAAACACAGAAUAUUGUCUCCUGUUGAUGGCAGUGCCCUCUACUGGAGUGAUGCACACUACAAAUACUGUGUGGAUAUGCUGGAACACCUUAAACUUAUCAUGCAACUUGUGGGCUUCCAAUCUGAGGUCAAACCUAGCCAAACCAAAAAGGACAUAGACAUGGUGUUUGCUCUACUUGCUGCAGUCCUUCACUUGGGAGAUAUACAAUUUGCCCAAGACCCAGAUACUGAUGGUGUAUACAUUGUAGAUGAAGUUAUACUGGACAUAGUGGCUCAACUUCUUGGCGUGAACCCAGAAGAACUGGCAUCAGUGCUGAUCUCCAAGGUGUCCUGGCUCAGGGGAGAGAAAAUAGUUAGUCUCAAAAAUCUAGAACAAGCAAGUGAUGGCCGUGACGCCCUUGCCAAGGCUCUGUAUGCCCGCCUCUUUGGUUGGAUUGUACGCCAAAUUAAUGUCCUUCUGAAACCAGGUCCUGAUUACAAGUCCAGCCCAGGUCCCAAAAUUGGAAUUCUCGACAUUGCAGGGUUUGAGAACUUUGAGUCAAACAGUUUUGAGCAACUGUGUAUAAAUGUAGCAAACGAACAGUUGCAGUAUUACUUCAACCAGCACAUCUUCGCCUGGGAGUUAGAAGAGUACGAUAAGGAGGGGCUAAAAGAGAUUAACAUAGAGUUUACCAAUAAUUGGCCUUUGCUGGAGCUUUUUCUAGAGAAGCCUGUGGGUAUUUUCUCCUUGCUGGAUGAGGAGACAAAGUUCCCGCGUGCCACAGACUCCAGUUUUGUUGACAAAAUCGUACAACAUCACACGAAAAAUCCUCACUUGGUGCGGUCACUUAGCAACAGGGUCCCUGCGUUUGGGGUGAUACAUUAUGCUGGCCAGGUCAUCUAUAAUGCGGAGGGCUUCCUGGAGAAGAAUCGUGAUACUCUUAGUCCCAAUAUCCUAGAAUGCAUGAAGAACAGUGACUCCCAGAUUAUCUGUGAUCUUUUUACUGCCCAAGUGGCUGAUACAGGAACACUGCUGAUAAACUCUAAAACCCCAAUCCGAAGUAGAAAGUCCAUUUUACGUUGUCGGGCACCAGAUGUCAGCAGACGUACCAAGAGUCUUUCAAGACAAGCUGGCAAGGCGUUGAAGGAGCGAUACCAAGCAAGACGAACUGUUGAGCAAGAGUCCCUUAAUCAGAAGACUGCUGGAGCAAAAUUUCAGACUUCAUUGACAGAUCUCAUGAGCAAGCUACUGGAAGCAGAACCACAAUUUGUAAGAUGUAUUAAGCCCAAUAACUACAAACAAGCUGAUAACUUUGAGCCUCGCAUGGUUCUGGAACAACUCCGCUACACUGGCGUCCUGGAAACCACCAGGAUCAGGCACAUUGGGUUUCCCACGAGAUUGCCUUUUCAUACCUUCUUAGACAGGUAUAAGAUGAUUGCCUUUCCACUGACUGCCAAGGUGGAUCCCAUACCAUUGCAUUGUUAUCAGGUGCUGCAGGCAGCCAACAUACAUGGAUGGGAGAUAGGGAUGCACAAGGUAUUCUUGAAAUACUGGCACACAGAACAGCUGAAUCUCCACAUGGACAUCAUACAGGCCAAAGUUCUUCGCGUGCAGAGUUAUGUCCGCGGGUUUCUCACCAGAAAGAAGUUCCGCGCCAAGAAAGAAAAGCUCGUGAAAGAGAGGUCCCUCCUCAGUGCCUUUGUGGCUAUUCUCACCCAGCAGGCGGAGAGGACGUAUCAUCUUGUACAGCUUCAACAAGAACACGACAAGAUAAGACAGGAAAGAAAGGUCGAGGAGGAAAGAAAAGCCAGAGAAAAGAAAAAAGAAGAGGAGAGAAAACUCACUGCUGCAUUGGCCGCAGCUGCACUUGAGGCUGAACAGGAACAGAAACGGAGAGAAGAACAACAAAAACUGAAAGAAAAACAACAGUUGGAGGAGAAACUGAAGGAACAACAACAGCAACAACAAAAACAAUUGCAACAGAAAAACAUGUAUUCUGCUGCGGACCCAUAUUAUUCUCAUCAGCGCAAUUUCAGUCCCGCUAAUUACGACGCAUUUCCUCCGGCAGACUAUGAAAACGAAGAUGAUGUGAUCCCAAGAGGACAUCAACACAAUUAUCACCACAGAGACAUUCAUAGAAAUGAACCGGAUUAUUAUCAAAAUGGCCACCCUGUUUCCAACCAUCGAAAUAUUUCCGCACCUCCUCAGAGAGAUCCCCAUAGAGAUCACAGACAUCAAAAUGGCCACAAUGCAGACUUUGAGAGGCCCCAACAGGCUAAUUUGGUUGUGAAUGAACAUGGAUAUUUAGUGGAGAGGAGCGUUAGUCCCCAGAGGGAGCCCCAGGGUUAUAUUUCUCACCACCAGAGUGCAGCACCAGUGCAUCCCAUGUCUAAUGGCAGGAAUGCCCAUGAAGCAAGGUACAAUAAUAUGCCUGAUGUGGUCCAGCCCAUGUCGCGGCGGUCAAGACUGGGGUCUGAGGAGGACCUUGACCAGACGUUCGGCCAAGCCCCACAGCCAAGAAGAGGCUUAAGAAGGACCCCUGCUGGAAAGCUUGUGGAUAAGAGAAAUAUGUAUCCCAGUGUGAAGUCUUCAGUAAAAGCACCUUCAGAAUUUGCUGUCAGCGAUGCUGGUCAUUACAGACGGCCAUUGUCACGGAAAGUUGACAAAGAUGUUUUGUACCAGCAAAUAGUUGAAGAUUCCCUACAGAAGCGAUCCUCGCUCGAGCCAGAUAUAUGGUGCAAGCUUGUCUACAUGGAAAGAGAGCAAGGGAUCGCAAAAUUCUACGUCAGGGAGCCACAGUUUACGGUAGAUGGCUCGGAUCAUGAGUACGACGGACAGAAGUUGGGCCUGGCUGUGUUUGAGAACCCAUUCCGAGAUGAUAAGACUGCCAAAGUUCGAGAGCACAUAGGAAAGGGUGUUUUGAUAAAACGUGACAAAGAGGGAAAUAUCUGGGCCAUCCGAUUGGGUAAAAAUGAUGUCAUCGUCAAGGGUUACAAUGACCCCAGCAGCUGUAGCGUAUCGGCAGACGUCAUCAGAAACAUGGGCAGACUGCCAGCAGAGAAGACCAUUAAGGUAUUUGACAUGGGAGAAUUCAAAAGCCUUAUAGCUUUAGAACUGCGUAACAGACACCCAAACUUGGAGCGGUUACGGACAAACUGCAUUGUGGCCUUAAGUUUUGUCCGUAACACAUUAGAUGACAUGGACACGCCCUGUUGGAUCAUCAUUAUUAAUUAUGUAGCACUUAACGCUCUAGAUGAUGAGCAUGUUUUACAUUCCAUUGAGUCUUCCCUAAGUGAACUUAUGCAGGAUCAACAAGGCAAGGAGGGCGGGAAAGUUGUUAAUAGACAGUGGUCUAAGAAUAAUUUACGGCAUGACCUUCAGCAGGCAGAGAGGGAGCCUCCUGGUCGAAAAAACAGGAUCGAACUUCGCAAACAGAAAAAGCCUAUCACAGACUUCAGCUGGUUACAAGAACCUGUAGCUAGCCCAGCAUUACAGUUGCUAGAACUCCGUAACCAGGGUGAUAAAAACGAUGAGUCAGAAUUAUAUUCUGAUGAUGAGGAUUAUGAAGAAAUAUCGGAUUCUGAAAACUCGCCAAGCUCCCCAACCCGAAGUCGAUGGGCAAAAAUUGAGGUACUGAAGAAAGAAAAAGCCAAGGAAGAAUCCAAGCCGUCUGCAGGCCAGAGUGAGCAGCCAAUGAGAAAGAAGAACAAAUCGGGUGCAGCAUAGAUUUAUUUCCAUGAGGUCACCAUGGCAACAAAAUUUCAAAAUGUUAAGCUCAGUGUGGAACUUUUAAUUGUCUGAAUUGCUCACCUUCCUAUCAAGGUAAUGGUAAUGACUUGGGUUUUUUCAAUGGGAAAUAUUAUGUGAUAAUAUGAUCAAAUUGAAUCUUUCAGAUAUGUAAUUUCAGAAUCAUUAUAAAUUUACAUUUCUGUAUUGUAAUUGUGGUGCUCUUACUGAUUAGAAUAAUAGAAUAUAAGAUUGACUGCUUAUCAAUUUUGAUGCUUCCACUCCUAAGGAAUGUGCUAAUUUUCAGGUUUAUGACAUAAGCACUUACAGUAUCUGUAAAAUUAACAAUUUUACCCUUUGAAAAGAUCACAUCAACACCAUACCUGAAUUUUGAUAACUGCUGACAAAACCUUUACAAAAAUUGGAUAAUUUGGUUAUUCUUUUUCAAAAAUGAU